GGAAACGAGACCUCCUCGUGUGUUGAUGGGCCCGGUGUCGCGCGGGGCAUCAUGGGGUAGGCGCGCGGGAACCACGGCACGGCCCGGAAUGGACUUCAUUAGAGAGCACGUGUAUUGCGGUUCUUACUCGCUCGGCUGACUUCAUACGGAAAACAUCGCUGCUCCAGGGUAACAGCCGGCAUAACCUUACACCGUACCGAACCCGUCUGAGAGGGUGCCAGUGAACCGCGACACCAGCGCAACAAUCAACCGUGUUGAUAAAGCCAUCCUCAAUCCAGUACAAACAGUGCAACCCGCCCCAUUCCCGGGAAGGAAAGAACGAUGGCAAAACCAGCGUACAAAGUCGCGGACAUUUCCCUGGCCGAGUUCGGACGUAAGGAGAUCGUUCUGGCGGAGAACGAAAUGCCUGGCCUGAUGGCGUGCAGGAAAAAGUACGGCCCAUCCAAGAUUCUGAAGGGUGCCCGGAUAGCCGGCUGCCUGCACAUGACCAUCCAGACGGCCGUCUUGAUCGAAACGCUGAUCGAGCUCGGCGCUGAGGUGCAAUGGAGCAGCUGCAACAUCUUCAGUACGCAGGAUCAUGCGGCCGCCGCCAUGGCGAAGGCUGGCGUCCCGGUGUACGCGUGGAAGGGCGAAACGGACGAGGAGUACAUGUGGUGCAUCCGGCAGACGCUCUUCUUCCCGGACGGCAAACCGCUGAACAUGAUCCUGGACGAUGGGGGCGAUCUGACUAACCUGGUGCACGCCGACCAUCCGGAGCUGCUGAAGGAGAUCCGUGGAUUGAGCGAGGAAACCACCACCGGUGUGCACAACCUGUACAAGAUGUUCCGCGAGGGUCGGCUCGGUAUGCCGGCGAUCAACGUGAACGAUUCGGUCACGAAGAGCAAGUUCGACAAUCUGUACGGUUGCCGGGAAUCGUUGCUGGACGGUAUCAAGCGCGCGACGGACGUGAUGAUUGCCGGCAAGGUGUGCGUCGUCGCUGGGUACGGUGAUGUGGGCAAGGGUUGCGCCCAGGCGCUGCGCGGUUCGGGUGGCCGCGUGCUGGUGACCGAGAUCGAUCCGAUCAAUGCGCUGCAGGCAGCGAUGGAAGGGUACGAGGUGACCACGAUGGAGGAGGCAAGCAAGGAGGCACAGAUCUUCGUAACGACGACCGGCUGCACGGACAUCAUUAUGGGCGAACACUUCCUCAACAUGAAGGAUGACUCGAUCGUGUGCAACAUCGGUCACUUCGAUUGCGAGAUUAACGUGAAGUGGUUGCAGGACAAUGCGGUCCGGAAGGUGAACAUUAAGCCGCAGGUCGAUCGGUACGAGCUGAGCAACGGGCAUCACAUUAUCCUGCUGGCGGAGGGACGGCUCGUUAACUUGGGCUGCGCGAUGGGCCACUCGAGCUUCGUCAUGUCGAACUCGUUCACCAACCAGGUGCUGGCACAGAUUGAGCUGUGGACCAACCGGGAAAAGUACGACAUCGGUGUGCACGUGCUGCCGAAGAAGCUGGACGAGGAGGUGGCCGCCCUGCAUCUGGACAAGCUCGGCGUGAAGCUGACGAAGCUGAGCCCACACCAGGCGGAAUAUUUGAAUCUGCCGGCCGAGGGACCGUACAAACCGGACCAUUACCGUUACUAAAAGCGGGUGCCGUGUUUCCUGUGCUUGGUGUGUGUGUGUGUGUGUAGCGCGAAUGUACGUGUGACACAUCACAUUUUAAUAAAAAAUAAAAAAAUAUCAGCAUA